CCUAUGGACACAGCUCAUCACGUGUGCCGAGAACUGGCAGCUGUCAGAGCAGGGAUCGGCACCGAUCAUCAGGGCACUGAUGAUCAGUGCCCUGAUGAUCGGUGCCCAGCAGUGCCACCCACCAGUUCCGCCAACCUGUGCCCAGCAGUGCACCCACCUGUGCCUAGCAGUGCGCCCACCUGUGCCCAGCAGUGCACCCUCCUGUGCCACCCAGCAGUGCCAAACACCUGUGCUCAGAAGUGCCACCUACCUGUGCCCAGCAGUGCACCCUCCUGUGCCACCCAGCAGUGCCACACACCUGUGCUCAGAAGUGCCACCUACCUGUGCCCAGCAGUACACCCACCUGUCCCACCCAGCAGUGCCACACACCUGUGCUCAGAAGUGCCACCUACCUGUGCCCAGCAG